AUGAGCGACAUCUUGAGUAUCGCCGGAGAACCGAUCUUCGACGAUCGCAUCGUCAAGAUCGAAACUCACACGUACAACCCUUACGCUAAUAUCACAUUUGGAAAUAACGAUGAGAUACGAAUUCCUAUACAACAACAGGAUCUGUACACGUUAUCUUGCGAGAGUUUCCUCUACAUCGAGGGCAGACUCGAGUCGAAGAAAUCAUCGGGCGCGGAGGGCGAAAGCUCGACGAGACUGGUGAACAAUUGCGCCGCGUUUAUGUUCGAGGAAAUUCGCUACGAGCUCGAUGGGGUGGAGAUCGAUCGAAGCAGAAACGUCGGAAUAACGAGCACGAUCAAGAAUUACGCGUCGUUGACGGUAGAAAGAAGCAGUAUAUUGCAGAACGCCGGAUGGGACUUCGCGGCGAAGAGUCACGCGAUCGACGAUUUUAACCUUUGCGUACCUCUCAGCGUGUUGCUAGGUUUCUGCAAGGAUUACAAGCGCGUCGUGAUUAAUGCGCGACACUAA